UGCCCGGCCACGACUUUAGCUUCUUAUAGGUAGAGGACAUGUUUACUGCCACUCGCUGCAGACAUGGGCACGAAUGCCGGACAGAGAUGUACCCGCACCUUAUCAAACCAGCCCCUGAAGGACACGCUUCUCCGGGCCCUCCAAGCAAAUGACUACCUGACGGUGGAAAGUAUACUGGAUGAGGGCAAGAUGGAUGUGGACACCAUAUUUGAAAUGCAGGAUGAAGGUUUGGUCCUGGCAUCCUACAAAUCAGGUUACUGGAUGCCCAGUUUUAAGCUGACGGCCUCGUGGGCGACAGGGAUGCACAUCACGGCUAUGCUGGGACAUUUAGAAAGCCUGCAGGUUCUCCUGGACCAUAAAGCCUCCAUCAACAGCAAGCCGAACGGAAAGACCCCGCUACAUGUCGCCUGCGAGGUGGCCAACCUGGACUGCGUCAAGAUUCUGAUCGCCCACGGUGCCAAGCUCAAUGUGUUCUCAGUCAGCGGGCAUACCCCAUUACAUUACUGCAAAACCAAGGAGUCUGUGAGGUGCGCCAAAGAGCUCAUCUGGAGCGGUGCAGAUGUAAACCUGCAGAGUGACAAUCAGGCCCAGGAGACCCCUCUUCACACCGCCGCCCGGAUAGGAAUCCCAGAACUUGUAGGGUUCUACGUUAAACACGGGGCGAUCGUGGACAGUGUGAACUCGACCCUGGAAACACCUCUCUCCACCGCUGCCUACUGGGCACUAAAUAUUAAGGAGCAGAGAUACAGCAGCAGGCACCACCUCAUCUGCAGGAUGCUGCUGGACUACAGCGCCAACGUCAACUCCCGAGAUAUCGACCGCAAGUCGCCCCUACACAAGGCGGCAUGGAACUGCGACCAUAUCCUCAUGCACAUGAUGCUGGAGGCGGGCGCCCAGGCCACCACCAUGGAUGUCAAUGGAUGUGCCCCCCAACAGUAUGUCCUAAAGGUCACGUCUGUCCGCGCCGCUGGUCAGCCUGAAAUCUGCUACCAGCUCCUACUGAACCAUGGAGCGGCCAGGAUAUAUCCCCCGCAGUUCCAUAAGGUCUUACAGGAAUGCCACUCCUAUCCCAGAGCAGUGGAAGUCAUGGUCAACGCCUACGAACACAUAAAGGCGACAUACAAAUGGAAUAAAGCCAUUCCGGAGGACGACCUGGAGAGACAUCAGGCGUUCUACGAAUCGCUGUUUGAGGUGUGCAGUAACUCCCCGAGGUCGCUCAUGCACCUGGCCCGGUGUGCCAUCCGCACUGUCUUAUGGAAGAGGUGCCACCGCGUCAUCCCUCAGCUGCCUCUGCCAACCACCCUGAAGAAAUACCUUCUGCUGGAACCACAGGGACGGCUCUAUUAACGCCACGUCGCGCUCCGGCCCUGAUGCAAGGCGGCACUUGUUGCAUGGGAUUCUGGGAACUCUAGCUUUAGGCUGGAGGAAGGGCCACAGACUGGCAGCGCCCGCUGAAGCAGAUUGCCAAUAUCUGAUUUUAUACGGUGCCAUUCCGAUCGUCCAGGAGGUUGAAGCUAACACAGUGCUGGAUUAUCAGGGAUUCUGAACUAUUGGAGGUCCCUAUAGUACAGGGAUGCUCAACCUGCGGCCCUCCAGUUGCAGGCUGUCUGGGCAUGCUGGGAGUUGUAGUUUUGCAACAGCUGGAGGGCCGCAGGUUGGGCAUCCCUACUAUAGAUAUAUACAUAGACAUAGGCAUAUAUAGACAGGGGCAGGCAUGCGUGAGCCAUGCAGCUACACAAGGGCCCUACAGGUCGGGGGCCACAUCCUACUGUCACCUAAGGCCCUAUGCUAAUGACCCCCAUCAAAGAGUGGCUAGCAUCUAGAUGGAUAUAUAUUCUACCUACUCCUGUGCCAUCAUAAUAUACCGCAUACUAGACUAGCAGGUUGACCCAACCAUUGCCGGAUUACUGGAAUUUUAAGUAAAGUAAUAUUCAUGGUCAGGUUAACCCAUUGUAUACCGAUGCAUGGCUCAGGCCAGUUGUAGCAGCGUCCAGCAGAGCCCGGGUGCGAUGAUGUCACUAUGUAUAUGUAUUAAUAUAUCCUAAUGCUGGAAUAAAGUGCGAGUUCUGCUGCGUGCGUCCUCCGGUAUUAUAAUCCAUUCCCGGCCGCACCGCAUGACCCGGAGGAAGCUGGCAGCGAGGUGCCCAGAGAGCUCUGCAUCCCAGGA